GGCGGCAGCGCCGGGUAAAGUCCGAGGCGGGGGAGGGGCUCGAGGGCCGGCGGCUGCAGCUGGCCAAGGCAGACGGGCCGGGUCUCAGGAGGUGGGCACCGGGUUCCCGCAGGCGGCCUGGCGGGCGGCAUCGAAAUCUGCAUCACGUUCCCCACCGAGUACGUGAAGACGCAGCUGCAACUGGACGAGCGCUCGCACCCGCCUCGGUACCGGGGCAUCGGGGACUGCGUGAGGCAGACGGUCCGCAACCAUGGCGUCCUGGGCCUGUACCGCGGCCUCAGCUCCCUGCUCUACGGCUCCAUCCCCAAGGCGGCCGUCAGGUUCGGAAUGUUCGAGUUCCUCAGCAACCACAUGCGGGACGCCCAGGGGCGGCUGGACAGCACGCGCGGGCUUCUGUGCGGCCUGGGCGCCGGUGUGGCUGAGGCCGUGGUGGUCGUGUGUCCCAUGGAGACCAUCAAGGUGAAGUUCAUUCAUGACCAGACCUCCCCCAACCCUAAGUACAGAGGGUUCUUCCAUGGGGUCAGGGAGAUUGUGCGGGAACAAGGGCUGAAGGGGACGUACCAGGGCCUCACAGCCACUGUGCUGAAGCAAGGCUCAAACCAGGCCAUCCGCUUCUUUGUCAUGACCUCCCUGCGCAACUGGUAUCGAGGGGACAACCCUAACAAACCCAUGAACCCACUGAUCACUGGGGUCUUCGGAGCUAUUGCGGGUGCAGCCAGUGUCUUUGGGAACACACCUCUGGACGUGAUCAAGACCCGGAUGCAGGGCCUGGAGGCGCACAAAUACCGGAACACAUGGGACUGCGGCCUACAGAUCCUGAGGAAGGAGGGGCUCAAGGCAUUCUACAAGGGCACUGUCCCCCGCCUGGGCCGGGUCUGCCUGGAUGUGGCCAUCGUGUUUAUCAUCUAUGACGAGGUGGUAAAGCUGCUCAACAAAGUGUGGAAGACGGACUAAGCCCAGAGAGUCUGUGUGGUACUGCCCCAGGUGCCUCCAGACCAGCCCUACCCCUCUCCCCUCACGUGACUCGAGUGCAGUCGUGCCAAAAGGCUCCCUUCCCAUGUCCCACAGCUCCAUGGUCUGGUCUGUCCAUUAUGGCCAUCAAGUCCAUGUGUUUCAUAGUGCCAUGUCUCCCCUGUGGUCUCGAUGUGACACCACCAUGGUGUCCUCGUGUCUGGCCCUGCCACGGCUGGGUGUCCCUCUGGUCUGUGAAUCUGUGCCCACUUGUCCCUGUGCUUACUCGUGAGUCCUGUGCCUGUUUCAUGUUUUGUGUCAUGUGACCCUGUGCCCCAACUCCCAGGGUGCCUGUGUGGCCUGGGUCCACAGCCCUGUAGCCAUGUCCCGGUCCCAGUCUGGUGCCUUCCACCCUGGGCAGCAGGGGCACCCUGCCCCAGCCUACCACAGCUGCCUCCGGGCCUCAGCCUGGCCUCACUGCAUUCCAGGGGCUGCAUGCCCCCCGCUUCUCCCGCCAUUGGCCUUAACUGGCCCUCGGGCCCUCUCUCCGCCCGGGACAGGGUGGCACCUGCCACUCUCAGGACCACCCUGGCAAGACAGAAUAAACCGGAUCCUGUUUAU